GUGGAGCAGGCGAUCAAGAGCUUCUGCUAUGCGGGUCAGCCUCGAACCGUUUAUUCGGAGAAAGAGCAGGAUCCGCUUGGCAAUGUGAUCUUGGAAAUGCACCCGGAGAUCAAGCUACGAGCCAAGUCUUGCAAGCGAGAACGCUGUGUGCGGGAGCUGGCAUGCAUUGAGUGUCUAAACCAGGCACGGGACAAGAGGAUGCUUCGAGCUCUGACCCAGAAAGCCUUCGACGUCGACUUGAUCCAACUGGCGCACAAGGCAGCUCAUGCAACCCCUGAGGAUGUGCACAGCUUCAUCUCCGACAUCCGGUCCAAGGACUACUACGUCUUGGGCUUUGCUGGGCAGACUCUGGAUGACCUCGUCAAUCCCGGCACCGGGCUCCCGCUGGUGCGUCGCAUCCGCUCACGAUUCGACACGACACCAGCCUGGAGGAAAAGCGAUGCACUGAAGCUGUACUUGAAGAACUACCUCACCACAACCAGCCUCUUUCAUGACGGUGACGUGCAGAUGCAAGCCCACACCGCCCUCAGCAAUGCACUGGCUUCCGCAGUUCAAGAGGGCAAAACUCGACAGGGUGAGCUCGACCUAGCUGCCCGAGUGGCAGCAGGGGGUCUCAGGACAGAUGCCGUCAUCGAGCAGUUGGUGACAUCGUUCUUGCUUCGUUCCAAGGACGCAUUGCAUCGGCCUCACAGCAGUCGUCAUCUCACCGAGGUUGGGGCCAUGGCUGAUGCACUGGCCACAUUAGGCAGGCGUUCGGAGAUUGACCAGUUGAUCCGACGGUUUGGGGUGAAUCCCCGAGCCGUCCCUCGACUCUCGCUGGAUCACAACCUUCUGCCUAAAGCCUUUGGCUCCUUGUCCAGCGACGUGCAGCUGGCUCAAGCCUACAACACCGCUGCCCGCCACCUACGGGCAGUGUCACAGAGGCUCCACAUCAUGGUGGAUGAGACUGUGUGGAGCCCUGCUGCCGAGCAAUGCCCGGGCUUCCUCGGCGAGGACACCAAGGAUACGGCGGUCAUUCUGGGUGGCUACUGGAGUCGCAACUACCAGGACUGUUGGCAUUACCUAGAUGCCGAUCAAUGGGCGGAGCAGACUCUGGACCAGGAACGGCUGGCGAAACUCACUCUGCACUACGUCAUCGCUCGGCCAGACCAUCGCAGAUGGGGAUUCGACACUUGCACCUUGCCUCGGAAGCCCAAGGACUCGUCAGCAGAAGAGAUGCUGCAGCUGUGCGGCCAGUACUUGAGCACGGUUUGCGGCUCCGGUCGCAAGAUCCGCAUGGGCUCACUCUUCUGCGACAGCACGGCCAUGCUGCAAUUCCAGCUCCCGCAUAAGGUCUAUGGCAUCGCAGACAACAUGUCUGACAGGGCGGCGAUAAGUCGACUCACACCCCCAUACUUGGGGAGGUCCUGCCUACUGCUAGGCCAACACCUGAUGGCCCUGCUGUCAGCCCUUCUGGCCAGCGCCACGACCGCUUCGCCGGCCUUUUCCAAAGGCGAGCAUUGCCUCAACGCCAUGACGGCCUUCUACAUGCUUUGCAUCCAUGUCGCUUGCAACCAACACAAGUUCAAGGACGAGUGGCAGAGACACAGCCUGAGUGUGCCCACGCUGCGGAACACGAUGGGGUUGGCGGGGCACGCUGUCCAUGCCAGCAUGACAGCGGUGGAGCCUCGCUUCGUCCAGGAGCUAGGCAUCGAAAGUUAUUUCUCUGCCAUCAAAGCUCCGUAUCAGGGAAGUCCCAGUGUGAAAGACGGCAUCUAUGGUGCAGCUCGCCACCAACUGAAGGAGAUCAAGGAGCUCCAAACCCUCAGCGAUGCCGCUCUGGCGAAGGGGGAACCGGUGCAUGAGCAACGGGAGCCACUGAGCUUGGAUGCUGCGAAGAAGUGUUCGGGACAUGCCUGUGCCAAUGCCAUCCAGCUCAUGACGUGGGCGACCGAGGACGGCACCGAAGACAGCCUCUUCUGGAUCUUGGACAAGUGGUUCAAAGAGCGAUCGCAGACUUUGUUCCGAGGCAUCCUGGAGUAUGACCAAGCCGAGGAACUCGAGGUGGAGGCCCAGGAGAUCACCGACGACGAGCUGGAAGGUGAGCUCUCGAAAUCCGAUGCGCAGCGGAGGAUGGAGCUGCUCAUGGCCGUGCAUGACAGGGCAGCUGCAGAGGAGGAGGUGCAGAAACAUUUGCGGGACCUCAGCAAGCAGAACGGCGAGGCUGACUCGACACAGGAUGUCCCAGAGGCCAGGACCAUCCAAACCCAGCUGCCCGAGGCGGACAUGGAGCCGGACUACGACGCCAAGCAGCCCCGGACCCUGCAAGCCGUGCUCCGGAUGACCAUCAAACGGGCUGGAACAUCAGGGGUGCUGCAGUGUGGCGAGUCCUGUGCAGCUGAGGGGCCCCGUGCAGUGCUUCAGCGAGUGCACCUGCUCUUGCCAGCGAUGCGACAAUUCAUCCGGUAUGUCCGCUUGGAGGAGCAGAUUCUCUCCCAGGGGGUCAUCGAAAAAGGCCUGCCGGGCGGCAACAAAUGGAACGAGCGAGAGCACCUGCUGGCUCUCGCCCGCAGAAAUGCGAGUCUCGUGAAAUCCCGCCUCACACGGCUGGAGAUGUGGUCGCAGGCUCAGACGACUUUGGCAAAGACUGUGCAGGAGAAGAGUGGCUACUCCCAGUCCGACGGCUUGCUGCCAGCUGCCCAGUACAAGCCAGGUGUCUGCGAAAGCGAUGCCCAGAUCCUCGCAGUCCGCAUCGACGACGAAGUGCAAGUCGUCAUGACCUUAUGUGUUUUCAGAGGCUCUAUCGUCAGGAACCCGAAGACACAAACCGAGAGGAUGAAAACCAGCAAACCAAGUCCAAUUGCAUUGCCGGCCGCAUGUACCAAACUGCUGCACCUGCUGGUCCUGCAGUACUUGCCUGAUCAAGACGAGUACAUCGGCUCGUGUGCUUCACCCGUGGUGUUCGUCUCGCCACUCAACACAGUGCUUGGCGAACUGGCUACUGCAGCUGUGCAGCCAUCGACCUUGAGGCUUCACAUCAAGCUGACACCUGGAUCCUCCAGGGCUCUGAAGGUUUUGCAAGAGACUCCUGCAGCAGAGCUCGGAUUCAUCCGGGAUGUGCCCGACCAGCCUGGAGCCGCCCCUGCGGUGCAAAGCAGUGCUACCGUGUCCUACAACGAGUUCUCCUUCAGCCGCAGCAAUCUGCCGUCUGCUGUGCCCGAGUUCUUCCAGCGCCUCAAACGACAGUAUGAGGCCAUGGACAUACAUUUGGUGAAUGCCAACGGUGUGAUUGUCAAGCCCGGCCCAUCGCAGCAAUGGACAUUGGUCAUCAACCAGGGGGGGAUGAUGGUGCACCUGGAGCUCAUUGUUCUUGGCUCGCUUGUUGGCGGCGACGCCUAG